UGGUGCUCUGAAAGACACACUGCUGAAGGCUUUGGCUAUCAGCAGACAUCUUCCCUGAAUCUCUCUCUCUCUCGCUCGCUCGUCGUCAGGGCUCGUGUGUGUAGCAGCUGCUGGCUCGGAAGCUAGCGAUGAGCUUGAUCAGCAUGAUGGAGGCGCGGCUGCCCCCGGGGUUCCGGUUCCACCCGAGGGAUGACGAGCUCGUUCUCGACUACCUCUGCCACAAGCUCUCCGGCGGUGGCGGGGGCGCGUACGGCGGCAUCGCCAUGGUCGACGUCGACCUCAACAAGUGCGAGCCGUGGGAGCUUCCAGACGAGGCGUGCGUGGGCAGCCGGGAGUGGUACUUCUUCAGCCUGCACGACCGCAAGUACGCGACGGGGCAGCGCACCAACCGCGCCACGCGCUCCGGCUACUGGAAGGCCACCGGCAAGGACCGCCCCAUCUCCAUCUCCGGCCGCCGCGGCGGAGGCGCCGCCACCAUGGUCGGGAUGCGCAAGACGCUGGUGUUCUACCAGGGCAGGGCGCCCCGCGGGAGCAAGACCGAGUGGGUCAUGCACGAGUUCCGCGUGGAGGGCCCGGCCGUUGCCGUUGCCGGCCGCCCCUGCUCACCUCCCAAGGAGGACUGGGUGCUGUGCAGGGUGUUCUACAAGAGCAGAACCACCACGGUAAGACCAGCAAGCACCGACGAGACCGCGUCGCUGUCCAGCGAGCUGAUCAGCCUGCCGCUGCCGCACAUGCCCCCUGCAGCUGAUGCCUACCUCGCCUUCGAUCGCGGCGCGGCGGCCGCCAUCGAUGGCUACUGCCGCCAGCGGCAAGGCGACACUGGCCUCCCGGCGGCGUUGCAACACCAGUCUGCGCUGCCGCUCGACAGGAGCCUGUCGAGCUCCAGGGACCUGCUGAUGAGCAGCAUGGUGCAAGGCAGCGACGGCGGCGGCGCCAUCGCGAAGGCGGAGCUCCACCAGGACUGGACGGAGGCGGCCUACGCGCAGCAGCAGCAGCAGCAUGGGGCACAGGCGUGGAACCCGUUUCUGAGCUCCGGAUGAGAGCGCACGGCUAGGCUGUGUGCGUGGCGUUGCAGGCAUCGCGUAUUCGCUUGUAUAGUGAGUAGUGAGCAGCUUGCUCGACGUCUUUUCUGUAGCUUGAUCUGGUUAGUGUGAUCUCUGCCGUUUGAUAGCUGUAGGCUUGGUGCAGUAACUUUUUGUACAAAGGAUUGUUGCAGAAAAAUAGAUUUUUUGUAUUUUUAUUUCUCACUACAAUUUUGAUGAAAAUUCUUUAAUGGUGACAAUGGAAACAGGGUUAGUUUUGGUU